AUGUCGCUGGCACCAUCUUACUCGUCCGAAACCAACUCCCAGCCAUUGUUUACACCGGAAUAUUGUCAGUCACCAGUCGAUGGUUACUUCAUUCAUGCUGCGCCCCGAAUAUCGAAUAGCAAUGAGGAUAAUAAAAUGAAAAAGUAUGAUGAUGAUGAUUUCGUUAGAGUGGAAGACGAUUAUCAAGUGUCUGUCGAUAAAGAUUACGAGAUACGAACUGAAUUCCAAAAGAAAUGUUACGAUUUCUUUGAAAGACCCAGAAGUCGAAUUGCUCGAACAUUUUUCUGUUUAUCCGCAGCAUGUAUUCUUAUCACUGUGGUUAUGAUUUGCGUUGAUUCAUUACCCAAAUAUGCCCUUCUUGAUUGGGCUCACUAUCACCAAUUGUGGUUACCUCUUGAUACGCUUGUUAUCGUGAUAUUCACAGGAGAAUAUAUUGGCCGAUUCUUGGCUGCAGUAAAUAAACUGAAAUUUGUCAUCAGACCAAUGAAUUUGAUUGAUCUACUCUCAAUCCUUCCAUUCUAUAUUCAACUAAUUAUGCCAGGAGGACCAGAAGCCGCGUUUCGAUUUGUAAGAAUUUUACGACUUUUCAGAGUAUUACAUCUGUUUGACUUUGCCAAACGUUCUGUCGGAUUCAAGGUUACUACAAGAGUGAUCAAACGCUCGCUUAUCCAAAUCUUUAUGGUGUCAUUCUGGUUUUUCAUCGUCCUUCUCCUUUCGUCUAGUUUAAUGUACUUUUUGGAAAGAGGACAAUUUGAUGAGGAAAACGAAGUUUGGCUCAGAGUGAAUCCAAAUGGUCAACUAGAAAUAAGCCCGUUUCAGUCAAUUAUACACGCGUUCUACUGGUCUAUUGUCACACUGACAACAACUGGUUAUGGUGAUGUAACUCCGUACACCGGAUGGGGCAAAGUUUUGGCGUCAGUUACAAUGAUAUGCGGGAUAUUAGUUAUUGCAAUGCCAACCUCCAUCAUCGGGUCAAACUUUGUUGCCGAAUGGACGUUACAUCAACGCGCUCGAUAUUUGGCUAAAGUAAGAAAGACUCGCCAUCAAGCAGAACAUCCAAAAACUGCAAUUUCAUGGCAGAACAAAUUCCUUCGAAAACAAAACCGGGAAUUGCUAGAAGCAAUCACAGAAGUACAAGAAAAACUAGCGGACGUAAAUCCACCUCAAUAUUAUCAACGAUACAAGAGACUCCGCAUACAAUAUGAGGCCGCACUAAAGAAAAUAGACCAAUUAGAAGCAUCGUUAGAAAAAAGCAAGAGUUGUACUUGCUGUCACGAAUGUUGUAACAAUCGAUCCGGUACCGAUAAUAGCGAAAAGAAGUUUGGUGAUCUGCAGAGAAGCUGGUUGUCAAUUCAGGGAUUGCGCAAUAUAUCUCGUAGGUCAUUCACGUUGCCAAACGAUACAGACAUUGAUCAAAAAGUGAGUGAGAAAACGAUUACUGACGAAACGAUGAGGGACGACCCGCACGAAUCGAAAGGCAAGGCGAAUGCUGCUGAUGCUAACAAGCUUAAUAUAUUCAAACACGUUGGCCGAUCGCUGUCUCUCGGUCAUUCUGAUAAUUGGACAUCGUCAGCGCACGGAAUGGCCAAGAAUCUCGUCAGCUCUCCAUUCAAUCCACGUCCGGCUAAACCUCUAAUUGUCUCUGACGCGAAUGAUAACGAUAAUGAAACGUCAAACAUGACCGUUCAGUCUCUACCAAACGAAGUGCGCAUCGAAAAUGAGGAAUAUUCUAAAUACAAUGAUCCGAACAGGUCGACCGUAGGCAAGAAGGGAUUAAUGGAUCUUUUUAAAAAAAGGAAAAACAGCGAGAUUCCUUCUAAAGGGGGAGGCGUGAAUGCGACCUCCUCGGAAGCGGUCAUCAUAGACGUUGAUACGAACAGAACGCAAACGGAAGGCGGGAAUGUCGAUAGAAAUGACGACAAAAGGGAGAACAUUAUCGAGGGACAGUCCGUUGUCAGUUAUAAAGAGACUAUGUCUGAGAAGGAUAAAUUUACUAGUUACGAUACGAAUACCAAUGACAAUGCAGGAAUCAAAAUUGUUAUAGAGUGUCCACAAGAUGAAAGCGAUAAUGAUAAAGAUGAUCAGAAUAUCAAUAAGGAAGAACAGAUGCCCCAUCAAACGAACUAA